UUAAAAACCUAACUGUCACGUCAGAUUACCGUCAAUGUCAAUUUGACAACGUCAAACAUCACUGCUUUGUUUUUUUUCUUCAGAAAGAAAACGUUUUGUUUUGAAAUGUUUAGAAGAUGUGUUUAGUACAAUAAAUAUUAAUCAUAUUGUUAGUAUUUUUCAUAAUUUUCUAUGUGAUUUUAACUAACCUUAUAGCACGUUCAAUUCUAACUCCUUUUUAAUAUAAUUUACAUUCUUGUUAUGUGAAAUGGAGCUAAGCAAGGUCUCAUUUGGUUUCUCCAAGAUUACAAAAAAGACCAACAUUAUAUCCAGCACUUUGAAGCAAGAAGAAAAAAAGGUUGAAUUAGUUGAAUGCUUAGAAGGACAAAAUAUCAAAGUCAAAGAUGCCAUUGAAGAAGUAAAGGGACCCCUGGUUAUCCCCUUAAAAGAUAAUGAAAAAAGUCUUCUGGAUAGAAUAAAAGCGUCAAAAAAGAAGUCAACAAAAAAUGAAGCUAAGCAAGAAGGACCUGAAGAUACUCGCCCUGAUUCUGAGCUAACACCAGAUGAGCUUGCUGCUAGACUGUUGAUAAAAGGUAAAAAUAAUAGUUUUCCUUUUUUUUCAGUUUUCAUAA